UAAUGGCUCGGAAAUGAUAGAUUAACAGCAUGCCACGCAGACCCAGAGAUCGCAAUAAUUCUGGGGGAAUUGACCACAUGUCGAUCGGUUCUUAUAGAGGAGGAGGACAGUAGGUUGAGAUAUCUUUGUCAGGAGCCAGCAACUCAGGGAACAGCAAGAGGGAGGAAGAAGAAGCUGCGAUGGCUGCAGGCGACGAGGUAGCAGCAGCAGCUGCGCCGCCGUUGCCGGAGACGGCGUACUACCAUGAGGGCUGCCCCGGCUGCGCCGUCGACCGGAGCAAGGCGCUCAACCCCGGCGUCCCCUACCUGCGCUUCUUCCACAUCUGGAUCAUCAUCCUCGUCUCAUGUUUGCCGAUAUCCUUAUUAUUUCCCUUCUUAUACUUCAUGAUAAGAGACUUGCAUAUUGCAAAAAGAGUAGAAGACAUUGGAUUCUAUGCAGGUUUCGUAGGAGCAUCAUAUAUGCUUGGUAGAGCUUUAACUUCUGCUGCUUGGGGGAUGGUAGCAGAUUAUAUCGGGAGGAAGCCCGUUAUCAUUUUUGGAAUUUUCUCUGCAUUUGUGUUCAAUACUCUGUUUGGCCUAAGCACACAAUAUUGGAUGGCGAUAACUACACGAUUUCUUUUAGGUUCAUUAAAUGGCUUACUUGGACCAAUAAGAGCUUAUGCCAUAGAAGUUUGUCGACCAGAGCAUCAAGCCAUUGGGUUAUCAUUGGUUAGCACCUCAUGGGCAAUAGGUCUUAUUGUUGGGCCAGCUAUUGGUGGAUAUCUUGCACAGCCAUCAGAAAAAUACCCAAAUCUAUUUCCUACCAACUCAUUAUUUGGAAGGUUCCCAUAUUUUUUACCAUGUUUAUGUAUGUCGGUCUUCUGCCUCGCUAUUCUCAUAAGCUGCAUAUGGCUCCCGGAAACACUACAUAAGCAUGCAACAGAAAGAAAUGGAGAUUGUGAAAAUGAAUCUUUGAGUACACAUUUACUUGAUUCUGAAGAGCUCGCUGAGCAACACAUUAGUGCAGCUAAAAAUAAGAGCUUAUUUAAGAAUUGGCCCUUGAUGUCAUCUAUCAUCCUUUUCUGCAUUGUCUCCUUUGAUGACAUGGCUUACACAGAGAUAUUUUCUCUAUGGUCUGAAAGUGACAGAGAAUAUGGCGGACUAAAUUUCUCGUCUGAGGAUGUCGGUCAAGUUCUUGGAAUUACAGGUGCUAGCAUACUUUUAUACCAGACAUUUAUAUACCCACAUAUUGUGAAAGUUCUUGGAAUAAUCAACACUUCUCGUGUUGCAAUAAUUCUUUCUAUGGCACUACUUUUUGGUUAUGCUUCCAUGACUUAUCUCUCAAGACCUUGGUUAUCCAUAGUAGUAAAUAUUGCAUCGGUGCUUAAAAAUAACUUUGUGGUUACUAUUGUUACAUGUUCUUUCAUUCUUCAGAACAAUUCUGUGCCUCAGCAUCAAAGAGCAACUGCAAAUGGCUUGGCCACCACAUUAAUGUCCUUCUUCAAGGCAUUUGCUCCGGCUGGAGCUGGUUUUCGUGGGCACAAAAACGCCAACAUGCCUUUUUCUUUCCAGGUGACCAAAUGGUGUUCUCUCUUUUAAUCAUUAUUGAACAUCUGGAACUUAUUUGGACAUUCAGACCAUUUCUAGCUAUGCCAUAGCAGUUCUCUUCAACUUAGUUCUCCAUGUACUUAAGGUCCGGAUUAUUGAGAGAUUUGUGUCACAUGGCAUGUUUAGAGCAGGUAUACUAGUAGGCUAUAUAGGUUAGCUGUAGAAAAAUCCACAUCAGCAUAAGCCUAGCUGGAGGAGAGAGAAAAGGGCAAAAAGAGAUGAGCCGGCUCCCAUGCAAGAGUCAAGCGAUACCAUAUGUUUGAGUUAUUGUGCAUAUUUAAGGAACAAUAAUUAUCUAUCCUAUAUGGUGUAAAUGAUAGUCACUGUAUUAGUACUUGUAAUGUGUGGAAUGUAUUUAGAACUCCUUUUCUUUUAAAUUCCAAGAUUAGAAAAAUGAUCACCUUUCCAAGUAAUAUCGCGCAAGCUGCAAAUGAGGAUAAAACAAAUGCCAAUCUUCCACGUAAUAUUAAUUGUACAAAUUUAAUUU